AUGGCCUUACCAAGAACAUACAAGUCCGUACAUUUGGCACGAAGGCCUACUGACCACAUCACACCCGACAUCUUCACUGUCAAGCAGGACCAGACCUCCACCAUAACCGCGCUCAAAGAUGGCGAGGUACUGUUCUCGCCCUCACAUCUUUCUCUUGACCCAGCGAUGAGAGGCUGGCUCAACGAUAGUCGGAGCUACAUUCCGCCUGUGAAAAUCGGCGCCGUCAUGCGCGGAGCCGGCGUGGGUAGCAUAGUAGCCAGCAAAAGUUCCAAAUUCCGCAAGGGCGAGAAAGUCUACGCAUCCUGCGGCUGGACCGAGCUAUCUGUGUUGAAAGACAACGAAGUCGAGAAGCUGGAAUUGCCUCCCAAUGGCAGGAUCACAGAUGCUCUCGGAGCUCUAGGAAUGCCUGGCUUGACGGCGUAUUUCGGCAUCCUCGACGUCGGCAAAGUCAAGGCGGGUGACUUCGUAGUCGUCUCCGGAGCCGCAGGAGCCACAGGCUCAGUCGUGGGACAGAUAGCCAAACUCAAAGGUGCCACCGUCUUGGGCCUCGCAGGGUCGGACUCAAAAUGCACCUGGUUAGUCAACGAGCUAGGCUUCGACCAAGCACUGAAUUACAAAGAUCCAUCGUUCAAACAGAACUUUCGUUCUGCAACGAAACAAUUGAUCGAUGUGUAUUUUGACAAUGUCGGUGGUGAAAUCCUGGACAUGGCUCUAUCCAGAGCGAAAGAACACGCACGCUUCGUGAUGUGCGGCGGUAUCAGCCAAUACAAUACGAAGGACGUCCAAGGACCAAAGAACUAUCUCAUGAUAGUCUCUAUGCGGAUCAGGAUGGAGGGCUUCAUUGUAUUCGAUUACGCAAAGCAGUAUCCGGAGGCUAAGCGCCAGCUGGCGCAAUGGAUGGCUGAGGGCAAGAUAAAGAGGCAGGAGACAAUUCUGAAAGGCGGCGUUGAGAGAUUGCCGGAGGCUCUGCAGAUGUUGUUCCAGGGCGGGAACACAGGGAAGCUUAUGGUCGAGGUGGCUGCUGGGGAAGAGGAGCCACGAGCUAUGCUUUAG